AUGAAAACGAAGUUCUGUCUCUGUACUCACCAUAUUGCAGGUUCCUUCGAAUCCGCCGGUGUCGACCCUGAUUUCUAUUACAUUGAGUCUUCCGACAUCUCCUGGCCGAUUCAAAAAUGGUUGAAGACUCCAGAAGCAAUCCGCAAAAUCUGCACCGAUCGAGACUCGAAAGACCCUAUUCAAUCUCGAUCUAAAACGAAGAAGGUUGCGAAAAGCAAGGACGAAAAUGAUAAUGAACAACGAGUUCCGGAGAUUCAGAAGCCAGAUGACGAACCAGUUCCCGAGCCGGAAAAGGAGCGAGAAAUCGAUGCCAAAGAAGAAUAUCAAGAACUCCGAGUUGACGUUGUUCCUGCUCAAGAAGCUCAACAAGAAUCAGUUGCCGAACCAAAGCAAGAAGAUGAGCCGCCAGCUGAGCCCGAGCCCGAACCUCAAGUUGAAGAAGUCAAGACUGAAGAGCCAGGACCUGAAGAAAUAUCCGAACCAGUUGAAGAGGCAAUUACUGAGGCAGAAGCUCAACCUAUUGAAGACGAAAACUCUGAAGCAGUCAAGGAACCAGAGCCUGAACCAGUCGUCGAACAACAACCUGAGCAAGCUCAGGACGUUACUGAAGAACAAGCCGUUCCCGAACCAGUUGCCGAGCAGCAAGAAGUCCCAGCUGAGGAAGUUCUUCCAGAACAACCCGAAAGAGAAGUUGUUGAGGUAGAGCAAAAACCAGAACAAGAAGGAGUGAACCAAAAAGUUGAGGAAACUGCCGAACCAAUCGAAGCCGCUGUUGAACCUGAACAGACGGAAGAACAAGCUCCUGAAGCAGCUUCAGAGCCAAUUGCCGAGCAAACUCCAGAGCCUUCUGAGGAAGCGGCUGAGGAACCAAAAGAACCAGAUUCAGAGCCAGCUUCUAAACCAACUCCUGAACAAACCCAAGAGCCAUCUCCUGAGCCAAUUGAUGAUCCCUCUCCUGAACCAGCUCCAGAACCAGCUCCUCAACCAACCCCUGAACCCGUUCAAGAAAAAGCCCCACCCGCAGCAAAACCAAAGGAAGAACCCAAACAGGCGCCAAAGAAAAAGAACAACAAGAAGAAAAAGAAGAAGAAAUAA